UGCUUCACCUCACAGUACCUCUGCGCUUUGUGUGUGUGCGCGCGCGAUGCUGGCUUGACACGGCAUUUGACAAAUAAACAAGAGGAAGCAAACAGCAGCGGGUUAUCCUUUUCUGUCUGCACAUCGGAUUCCACAGUCAGAGGAGGCUCGCCGGUUUCCGGACAACUUGUAUUCCGGUGUCGGCUCCCUGCUAACUUAAUUUAAUUGUCUUUAUUUUGUUCGGCUUGGUCGUACUAUCGCGUAGUUUAGAUUUCGGAUCGGUACUCGACUUGCCCUCCGGUUCAGACUGGUGGAGUCACUCGGGACCUUUCCUGUACCGUCGCCGCUCCGCCUCAGGAAUGUUUCCGCUGUGCUGCAGCAGCGCAGGAACCACACAACAGUUCGAAAGUGAGAAGUGAAAAAGUGUGGGGACUUGGAAGUAAAUCGAAGAAACCUGAAAAUACGACAGUUCUGAAAAAGAAGUAAAGUCAACGAUAAAAAGAUGGGGCGAAAGAAGAUCCAGAUAGCACGGAUUAUGGAUGAACGGAACAGACAUGUGACUUUCACUAAGCGUAAAUUUGGCCUAAUGAAGAAAGCUUAUGAGCUCAGUGUGUUGUGCGACUGUGAGAUUGCACUGAUCAUCUUCAACAGCACCAACAAGCUGUUUCAGUAUGCCAGCACAGACAUGGACAAAGUUCUGCUGAAAUACACCGAAUACAAUGAGCCACACGAGAGCAGGACCAACUCCGACAUUGUUGAUACCCUGCGAAAGAAGGGUUUAAAUGGCUGUGAAAGCCCUGACAUCGAGGCUGAUGACUCUGCUGGCCAGAGCCCAGAGUUGGACGAUAAAUACCGGAAAAUCAAUGAAGACAUUGACCUGAUGAUCAACCGACAGAGAAUCUGUGGUCUGCCCUCCUCCAACUAUGACAUGGGUAUAUCCAUCCCAGGCAGUAAUCAGGGUGGGCUGCUCUACUCCCAUCAGGGCAUAGGGGGCAGUCUAGGUAACCAUAGCCUGCUGCCCAUCUCUCACUCAUCUCUGCAAAGAAACAGCAUGUCGCCUCAACGUCCUUCCAGCACAGGAAAUGCAGGACUGAUGGGUUCAGAGCUGUCGAGCACUGUUUUGUCAAGUGUGGGAAACGACAGCUACAGCAACCACUGCACCUCCCCUGGACUGCUGUCUCCAGGAGGCGCCCCCAAGAACAUGCAGGAUAAAAGUCCUUCAAUGAACAUGAGCCGUAAACCUGACCUGCGAACACUGAUGCCCCCUUCCAACAAGUGCAACAACAUACCAGCUGUUUGUGAGGACUUUGACCUGAUGUUGAACCAGAGAAUAAAUCACUCCCAGACAGCUCAGACCUUGUCAACCCCUGCCGUCACUCUCUCUGCCACCACUAUCCCCAGUCAGGGGAUGGGUGGGUACCAGUCUGCACUUUCCUCAUCUUAUGGCACAGAUUUCUCCCUCAGCAGUGACCUGCCAUCGCUGUCCGGUUUUGGAGGUUCUGUUCUGGGAUCAGUGAACUGGCAGCAACAGCAGAUACAGAAUCUACAACACUCAGCACUGGGACACAUGGGGAAUUUGUGCCAGAACUCAAACCUAAACCUCUCCUCUGGCCAUCAAAACGUCCACAUCAAGUCUGAGCCAGCCUCCCCUCCCAGAGACCGGAUGGUUGGAGCAGGACUUGAAGGAGGCAUGACCACGGUUGGAUACUCCACCACAGGCCGGGGGUCCCAUGAACAAGGGCGUUCCCCUGGUGACAGCGUGUCCAGCUGUGGGAGCUCAUAUGAAGGCAGCGAUGAGCGAGAGGAUCACCAUGGGAACGACAGCUUCCUCCUCCACCCCCUGUCCAGCCAUGAGGAGUGCCACAGCCCGUCAGUUAAACGGAUGAGGCUAUCAGAAGGGUGGACGGCAUGAUCAGAGCCUCUCUACAGCCGGGGGAGGAGUAUUAGUAAAGUUACCACAUAGUGUUAUUAUUAUUAUUAUUAUUAUUAACAUCAUAUUCUUCUUGUACUGAGUGGGUGUGCUAUAUGUGUAACAUGUACAUGGGGGUGGGGGCUGCUAUGUGUGGAUACAGUGAUUGCUCAGCUGUAUUUCCAGCAUAUACUCUUGGUAGACUUCACACUAAUGACUCCUUGAAGUUCAGAACCAGUUUUCAGACAUCGAGAAAGAAAAGGAAGAAAACUGUUUGACUUAAAUCCAACUUUUUACAGUUUUCAGAGCUUCAUAUUGUCCAAGGAAGUUUUUAUUCAUUUGAUAGUAAAAGUGAACCAGGCCAAUCCCAACCAGACCCAGAUUCUAAAACAUCCAAAAGCUUUAAAUGAAAGAGUUCAGUCAAAUUAAAGAAGUGCUCAGUGAGUUAGAUGAGACUGUUGUCUGGCCCUAAAAGUGUUCAUAAUCACUUUUUCUCACUGUUCUAAAGGCGGGUGUUCAUAUCAUUCAUUUCCCGAGUUUCCAAUGUUGAGGUCAGUGAAUAUAUGAAUAAUCCCAAAGAGUCAAGAAAAAUGGAUGUAUUAGAGGAAUGUAGGAGUGUAAAAAGAACAAUAUAAAAAUUCUCAUGAAAAGGAAAUACUUCAGUAAAUCACAAAUAUGUGAAUAAAUUAAAAACAACUAGUUUAAACUUCAACUAGUACAAAGCAAAAAGUAAGAAGGAAAUAUCCAACUGUUUUCAUUCAUAAGUAAAAGCUUGAAAUUGUAAAGAUUUUCUUUUUUCCCCCCCACCUUUUCUACAAACACUGUUGGUCCAGGAUAUCAUUCGGGAGCCAAACAUAUUGAAGCUGUCAGAGGGGCUGUUGGUGUACAUGUAUUGCUUGUUUUAUGUGUGUGUGUUCGUGUGUGUGGGUAUAAGCAAAUAACAUAUGUACAUAUGUGCUACAUAUGAGCAUAUGUAUGCAAAGCAACAAAAAGAUCAAGGUGACAAAAUCUGGUACUCUGAAUAGUGACGCUAAUGGUGAAUUUAAUGUCAGGUGGCUAAAUGGAGCAUCAGUUCACUGCUGCAGGUACAACAUAUUUAUGCACAUAAUCAAUCACUCAUGUAACCAGAACGUAUUGAAAGUAAAGUGUGGCGAAGAAAAUGGGUUGAAAAAAUGGGAGUAUGAGUAAGUGCAGGAAGAGAAAGUGAUGUCGAAUCAUGAGAGGUUUCAUUGUGAGGGAGAAGAAAGUGAUCUGGAACAAGUUGGAUAGAAAACAAGUUUCAUUUAAUGUGAAGACAAUUUCAGAGCAAAAGAGGGGACUGCAGUUAAUUCAGACAUGAUACCAAAAACAUUAGAAAACACUGAAGCAAAAAAAGCUGUGAUUGGAAGUAACUGAGUAAGUAAUUCUGACAAUGACCCACCUCAGAGUACUUUAGUUAAAAUGUCAGUCACACAGGCUACAUAUGCACAAAAUGAUGUAUAUUAGCAGAAGGAAGCUAAAAGCUGUAGGAAUUUUAUUAUUAAUUAGAAAUGAGGAAAUUAGACCCAAAAUCUGGUUCUAAAUGUAAUUUGUAAAAUUAAACAAUAGAUUCAUUUACUUUCUUUUCAAAAUGUUCAAAUGUAGGUAAUCUGAAGUGACGUAUACUUCACAAUUUGGUAUCCAGUUUAUAAAAAGACAAUCUAAAAGUUGUUAUUCCUAAGAAAACAAACGAGGUCGUGUGUGGAACCGGACAGCAGAAGGCGCUCGCGUGAGGCGACUGCAGCAAUGAAACUGUUAUUCGUGUCUUUGUAAUUGAUGCAUGAAAGUUAGCAUGUGCUGAUAGCUUUGCAGGAUUUAGCAGUCAGGGUGAGGAUCCUAAAAGCCAUAUUGACUGGGACAAGUGAUGCUUUGCUGCACAGAGUUUGUAGUGUAGUGUUUUUCAAACUAAACUUGAGUCUUUGCUUCUUAGAUCAGAUUGAUAUUUUUGGAUGUCUGCAGUCCCAUGUAAUAACAAUGAUAUAAAAAUCAGCAGCAGAAUGCACACAUGCACACCGUUUCCCAUCAGAUGUUCAGGGAGACGUUUGCUCUAAGGUAGAAAAAAGUUUGUUUAGCUGGUGUCAGACCCAACGUGAUCUCACAGCGACAAUCCGUCAGAGCCAAAGGACAACGCUCCUGUUUUCCACUUACCACUUUAAUCAUUUUUAAAUACUAGCAGUGGUGGAAGAAGUCCUCAGGACGGUUAAGUUCAAGCUAAGUACCAGCCAAAAAUGUUACCCGUUAGACUGUCCACGAUGGUUUAGUCUAGUGCUUCCCAUGGUCAUUUUACAAGAUUGUUCAUGAUUUUACCUUUUUAUGUAACAGCAAUAAUAGAAGCACAUGUGAAUACAUUUUAGGAUUUGCCACCAUAUUUAGUAAAAAAUGUACUAAGAACAAGAAUUUUGUCCACCAUACACUCUAAGUUUAUCUUUGGAUAUAAAAUCUUGCAAAAUAAAGAACAAAACAUCCAGUUAUGAAAAGUUAAAGUACUUGGCUACUUUCCACUACCGCGUGUUUGUGUUUGUGUAACUCUACAAGUGUACAUAAAUGACUGAGUUGUGCCUUGCAUGUCAGCUGGGUCUGACACCAGCCACAGACAGGCUGAAGGACUGCAGAGUGAAAUCCACUUAUUUUUAGUUUUUAAUACUGAAGAGAUGCUGGUGGCUGAGGCUUGUUCACAUUUGAAUAUUUUGGUUUUAAAACUGUAUAUUUGGAGCUCAAACCCUCAGCCAUCAUCUCUACUGUAAAUCCAGCGAAUAAAUUCACUCACUGAAAAUCCCUGUAGCUGUGAUGGGAUGAAGUGAUGUCUGUUAACCAGGGCAGAGCCCAGAUGUGUUCACUUCUGCACCCUUUUCCUUUUCAUCAAGCUGGUCUUACUGUGCCACAAUGAAGUGAGAGCCAGGAGCUCAUCCUUGGGCUUCAAGUGGAGUGGCUUGUGUACGGGUGGAGGUGAAGCUCACAAAACAGGGAGAUGCAGUGUUGACAUUGUGAAAGCCCCUCUGUAUCUGUUUUCAGUUUGAUUACUGCCUGUACCUGAAGCGCCCCAAUGAAAUAGUUUCAUUUCCUCUUUUUGGCGACAUCAGUGAAUGUCCUCUGUACACUGGGGGAAAUGUAUACUUUUGGCUCUGUUAUGCCAUUGUUUCAUGCACUAAUGCUUCUAAUAACUAUUAAGUUAGAUAUUCAAAGAGAUUGUUAGCGGCAUAAGCUGGCCUUUGUCGCCAAUUUGGAGACAAUGAAAAACAAAUUAAACACACCUCUGUUGUUGCAGAUGUACAGCAAUUCCCUCGAUCAGAAAUGU